UUGCCUUCAAUUGUGACAACUGCGGUAGCGCGUCGUGAACCUCCGAAUCCUCAAUAAAGAUGCAUUCCAUCAACGCUUGUGCCUUUGUCCUGUGCGCCUUUGCGCUCGUAUCCAGCAGCUUGGCGGCGCCCUUGGAUGACUCGCAGCAGGCCACAAUUCUGCGCUACGACAAUGAGAACAUCGGCACCGACGGCUACAACUUUGGCUAUGAGACAAGCGAUGGAGUCACGCGCCAGGAGCAGGCAGAACUGAAGAACGCCGGCACCGAGCAGGAGGCGCUCAGUGUGCGCGGCUCCGUCAGCUGGGUGGCACCCGAUGGCCAGACCUACACGCUCAACUACAUUGCCGACGAGAACGGCUUCCAGCCCCAGGGCGACCAUCUGCCCCACAACUAAGGGCCAAAUCCUCCAAGUGGCCAAACACAGAUCAGUAUUUUCUCUGCAAAGUAAAACAGAAUAAAAGUAAAUUGUUAAAAAUGAAUU